UUUGAGCAAUAAAUAAAUGAAAAAUCUCACACAUUAUUAUUUGUUAGACUUGCAGAAUUCAUGAUUGAGCUCAACUAUUUUAUUAGAUUAUUGUUUUUUUUAAAUAGUCGAACUUACACCAACGAGCAAACACACUAUCCUCAAUGGAAAAUCCAAUCAUGGACCGUCCUAAUGGAACAUAGAUUGUUAAUUUAUUUGGGCUAGGUCCACUACAAUCAACCCAGAUCAUUAACCAAUGGCCAGAUUGUUCCCAUUAGAACCCAAAACCCAGGAGAUCAAAUUUUUCUAAUCCACAGUACUGCUAUGCUAGUAUUCUCUGCAAGCGACUCAACUAGAAAGCAAGAAGGUGGAAGCGAAGUUGUAGUCUAGUCACGAUGAAUCUCAGCUGUCUACAACCUUUGUUUAAACUACCCAAUUAUCUUGUCCCUGUAACAUUUCCAGGUACUUCUUCAUUCUUGAACAAUCACCAAGCAAACCCAAGUAAAUCAAGUAUAAAUUUCAGGAGUUACAAAGAUGGAAAAUUUGUUAAGAGGAAAGGAGGAAUUGUACGUGGGUGGUUAUUGCCAGUGGAUCCAUGGGCACCAAACGUUGACUCAGAAAGCAUUGCUUCACAGCUUUUUGCAGUUUCUUUGUUUCCAUACAUUGGGUUCUUGUACUUCAUCACCAAGUCUAAGUCUGCUCCAAAGCUCACCCUUUUUGGCUUCUACUUCUUGCUUGCCUUUGUGGGUGCCACUACAAAGGUGAAAUAUGGCACUUCCUUAUCUAAUGUGGAUUGGUUACAUGGAGGGGCUGAAUCACUUCUCACUUUAACCAACUUGUUCAUUGUCUUGGGGUUGAGACAAGCUCUUAGGAAGACUGAGGAUGCAAAAGAAAGCACAUCAAGCUCUGUUCCAGACAUGAAAAAGCGGAAGAAGCCUUGCAUAUCGGAGUAAGUGAAAUUCGAUAUAAGUUGAUAUCCUUGCCAUUCCAUUGUUCAAAUACUAUGAGCUCUUCUCAGUUCUGUUGGAUUUUGCUUUUUUUCCGGAAGUUUUCCUGUUUCAGAAGGACAUCAAAUACCUUAUAUUUUCUGAACUGUUACCUUGUAACUAUUCCUCUCCUGAGAGUCCCUCAGCACAUAUGCAACAUAAAAUUCUUCUUUGCUGCUGACUAGAGCUUUGUUAUUGGUUCAUUUCAAAUCUCUUCUAACAGAUCGCAAGUUUCCCAUCGAGAUUUAUUAAUGCUGUCGGGUUUCUCCAAGCCUCAUUUUAUAAAUAUCUCUUAUACGCACCACUAAUGGGUUUCAUUUGUUUUAUCUUCUAAGCGUCAAGACAAGCAAUGUCGUGUCUACUAAAGGGGUCAUUGGAAAUGUAGAUUCUUUUUCCCGUGUAUACAGAUUUUUCUCAUCUCAAAUCCUGGAUUUGUUACUUUCACACAAUAUCAUAUUAUGGACAACUUAUUUGAAUUCUAAAUCGCCAUAACUUAAUACUCG